UCGCGGAGCUCCCCGCCGUACAGAUGCGAUCCGGGCCGGGCCCGGAGGACAGCGAGAGCUCGGCGGAGCACCGUACUCGGGAAGCAAAGCGAAGCGAAGCGCGGUGCCUGUGCCGGGUGGCGGCGGAGCAGGCGCAGAGCGGAGCCUCCCGCCCGCAGCGCGCUGGGGGCGGCACCGCACAGCGAGGCGCCGCCGGGUCCCACCGCCCCGGAGCCGCGGGAGGGGCCGGAGCUGCCCGUCCCGGAGCAGAGCUGUGCCGCGGGGCCGCCUGCGGGCGGUAUCCGUCACGCCGCCCGCGCUGUCCCGCACACACACAGCGGGGCCCCACGGCCACCCCCAGCCCGGCUGGUUGGCUGCGGCCCGCGUGGCCGCGCGCGGGUUGGCUGCCGGGUGGGAGGUGUGCGGGGCGUGGGGCUGCCUCUUCCUGCAGGAACAUGGCGGCCGUGACCGCUUUGAGGAGCAGCUGCCGGACCGCGGGGCGCCUGCUUUUCCCCCAGGUUUGUGUUCACCACGUUAGAUCGUGCAGCAGCCUUCGCUUUAUCAAAUCAAAAUAUGCGUGCGUGUUUGACAAAUCUGCCUUCAACUUUAGUCAUCAGCAGCGAUUAUUCAGAACAUCUGCUGUGUCAUGUGGCCAAAUUGUCCAGUUUAAGCUUUCUGAUAUUGGAGAGGGUAUUACAGAGGUGACUGUAAAAGAAUGGUAUAUAAAGGAAGGUGAUAGUGUUUCUCAGUUUGAUAGCAUCUGUGAAGUGCAAAGCGAUAAAGCUUCUGUUACUAUUACUAGCCGUUAUGAUGGCAUCAUUAGAAAACUCCAUUACAAUUUAGAUGAAAUAGCUUAUGUUGGAAAGCCACUUGUGGACAUUGAAAUUGACGCUUCAAAAGGUGUUGCUCCAGAAGAAGACGUUGUUGAAACACCAGCUAUGUCUCAUGAAGAACACACACACCAAGAGAUAAAAGGUCACAAAACAUUAGCAACACCUGCAGUUCGUCGUCUUGCUAUGGAAAACAACAUUAAAUUGAGUGAAGUUAUUGGAACAGGGAAAGAUAACAGAAUCCUUAAGGAAGACAUUCUCAAUUUUUUGGCCAAACAAACGGGAGCCAUCCUACCGCCAUCACCAAAGGCUGAAAUUGUUCCACCGUUGUCAAAAUCAGAGACAGUGCCAACUGCUCCAAAGGACAAAGCACGCAAAAUUCCAAUGCCUAUUUCCAGACCCAUCAUGUUUUCAGGAAAAGAUAAAACUGAACCUGUAACAGGUUUUCACAAGGCAAUGGUAAAGACUAUGACCGCUGCCUUAAGGAUCCCUCACUUUGGUUAUUGUGAUGAGAUUGACUUGACUCACCUUGUUCAGUUGCGAGAAGAGCUGAAACCUUUAGCACAAGGUCGUGGAAUUAAGCUUUCCUUUAUGCCUUUCUUCAUAAAGGCAGCAUCUCUGGGAUUAUUGCAGUAUCCCAUUCUUAAUGCUUCUUUGGAUGAAAGCUGUCAGAACGUCACUUACAAGGCUUCACACAACAUUGGAGUCGCUAUGGACACAGAACAAGGAUUAAUUGUCCCAAAUGUGAAAAAUGUUCAAGUCAGUAGUAUCUUUGAGAUUGCUUCUGAAUUAAAUCGCCUACAAGCCUUGGGCUCUGCUGGCCAGCUGGGAACAAAUGACCUCACUGGGGGAACGUUCACCCUUUCAAAUAUUGGCUCAAUUGGUGGUACUUAUGCCAAAGCAGUGAUUCUACCUCCUGAAGUUGCUAUUGGAGCACUUGGAAAGAUACAGGUUCUUCCUCGAUUUAAUGGAAAAGGUGAAGUAUUUAAAGCACAGGUAAUGAAUGUGAGCUGGUCAGCUGAUCACCGCAUUAUUGAUGGAGCUACAAUGGCCCGUUUUUCUAACCUCUGGAAAUCUUAUUUGGAGAACCCUGCUUCAAUGCUGCUAGACCUUAAGUAAAGGAAAUCAUGGCUAGAAUAUGCCUUUAAACUGUGUUAGACUGAAUAACUACAAAAGCUGGCUUUGCUAGCACGUGCCCUUUGCUAAUCAUGUUAUAUAAUAAUUUUAUGUGGUUAAAAGUUCUCAUCAGCUGAUAUCAGUCUAUCAAUUAAUUGUUACUUUUAAUUAGUAGUGCUGUAAUUUCUUCUACAGCAGGCUGUCGUGGCACAACUUCUGAAUAUGGUGAUGGAUCAUCUUUAUUUUGCCUUCUGUAAUACAUAUGAUUGUAAGACUGGUGUAAAUGAAUCACUGAUCUCCAUCUGUAGUAUUUUUAAUCAGAUUAACUCAUUUUGAAGGUAAAAACAUACAGUUCUUCUUUGUUGGAAACAUAAAUUUAUCUUAACAGACGAUAUCAAAAUUCCCAAAAGAAAUUAUGCAAAAUUAAAUGCAAAUAAAAUGCCUAUUAUGCUUCUGCUGUAAGAUGUCCAGAGAGCUUUUUGUUGUUUAACAGUUAAACUCUCAAGCCUUCUACUUUUUCCUGGUAUUACUUGCACAGGUGCUUUAUCAAAUAAAGCAUAAAGGGAGAGGACGUAUUUGUUCAAAUACAUACUGAUAACAUUUGCUGAUAACUAUCAGGGCCUUGAAACUCUCUAGAAUAUACUGUAUUUUUAUAGGCUGGAAGUAGCUACUCUCCUUAAAUUCCACUAUUUUUGUUUCUUAUAGAAAGCAUCUAUUUGUAGAAAAGGAGGAUCUCAUUAGUUAUUGUGACAUUAAAUAAGUCUGACAGCAAACAGAAUGUGCUCUAGAAUUUUGCACCAUCUUAUAUUAUUCAUGUUCAGUUACCAGAACUGGGCAGGUUAAUCCGAUACAACUAAGAAUUAAUAUUUAAUAAAAAUAUUGUGUGGAAUAACUGAUAUAAAGCAAAGAAUGAAGAGGUUCCAGUUAAUGCCGUCAGAAUGGAUGAUAAUUGUUGUGCUUUAAGGCAAACUUAAGAGAUGAUGAGGACUGUGGUGGUUAUUUGGCAGGAGUUACAAAGAAAAUGGGUAUAAAUGCCUUCUAGAAACAUAAGCUGGAAACAGACACAAGAAAAAACAGUUGUAUGACCUUAAAAUUUAAUUUGCAAAUUGGACAUCUUCUCCUUUCUUUAGAUAUAUCAAUAACUGUCUUUACAGGGAUAUUCACCACUAAUGUAAACCAAAGUAGCCUGAUGUGUUUAACUGUGAAGGUGCAAGACGUAAAUUACCGAGGUAGAAUCUCUGCUAUCCUUGAUGCUGAGACUGAGCAAGAGGAAAGGUGGUAAUGUAGGUGGGGAGUGUACAUGUAAGGUGCUAUUUGUAGUUCUGUUGUGAUGCCUUUGUGUAAGUCAGUUAUUGAAAACUUUGGCUAAUACGUUGUGCAUAUCACCUAUUUCAUUUUAACCAGAUUUAUUUAUUCCUAAUAAAUGUUCUUAAAG